AUGAGCCCCAGAAUCACUGUCACCCCCAUCCCCUCAACCAGAGCCAAGCAUGGGGAGGCCCUUGUCCUAUGUGAGUGGACAACAGAACUGGUUCAGGAGGAACUAAAAAAGGAGAAGACAUCAGCCAAACACUACUCUCCAACUGGCUGCUGGGUCAUACGGCUGUCUGCCCGCAUUGGUUUGACAUCUUCGUCGGCUAUUGUUCGUUACCACAAUAAGGACAACAGACCCUUAAAUGGAGGCAUUUGUGUUGCCAACCACACAACUCCACUUGAUAUUGUCCCCUUGAUGGCUAAUGAGCACUACUCUUUGGUUGGUCAGGCUCACGGAGGAAUAAUAGGAUUUUUUCUGAGUAUGCUUGUUAAGACCACUCGGCAUAUUUUGUUUGACCGCUCUGAAAUGAAACAUCGUUCUGCUGUUAGAAAAAGAUUAACAGAACACACAGUUGAUAAGGCCAAUGCCCCAAUUUUAAUUUUUCCAGAAGGUACUUGUAUCAACAACACCUCGGUAAUGAUGUUCAAGAAGGGAACUUUUGAAAUAGACACAACCAUCUAUCCAGUGGCCAUAAAGUACGAUCGCUUGUUCGCCGAUCCAUACUGGAACAGCAGUAAACACACCAUGACAGAAUAUGGGUUUCGACUUGGAACCAGCUGGGCCUUCGUAUGUGAUGUGUGGUACUUGCCACCAAUGCACAAAAUGGAAAACGAAGAUGCAGUCCAGUUUGCCAACAGAGUAAAAUCCGCCAUUGCUGCUCAAGCAGGCUUGAUGUCACUUCCUUGGGACGGAGGACUAAAAAGACAAAAAGUCAAAGAUUCUUUGAAAAAACAGCAGCAGAAAGAAUACUGCAGGAUAAUAAUGGGGAAAGAAUCCAAUGUAUACUCUGAAGGGCUAUUCACCGGUCAAAAUGUAGCUGAAGACCCCAGCAUUUGGGGCCCGGCUGAGCCUGCCGAAAGAAACUGA